GUGUUCGUAACGUCGUCGAGUUGAAAUCGAAAUAGCUGGAUCAGAUUCACAUAAAUAUAUCUAUAUAUAAGCAGCAGUAGCAGCAGCGGCAGAGCAGCAAUCGGUUCAAUCUCUAAAACGGAAGUCUAAUCCAAUUUGGCCUAUGACAAUACAAACGCACUUUCUUCGCUACGCAUUAUCCAGGUGCGUGUGCGUAUAGAGAGUGAGCGAGAGAGAAGAGCGAGCGAGCGAGGACGAGCAAGCGAGAGGUGAAAUAUUUAAAUUUUUAAGGCAAGCCGCGUUUGUGUGUGUGACCCAUGAAAAGUUGUUAAAUAUAAGCAACGCCAAUCGCCGAAAAUCGAAAAUAGAUAAACCCCUACGUUCGCGUGUUUAAUUUGUAUUUUUGGCACCUUGGUUUGGCAAACAGCAAAAGCAUUUCCCUAUGAUUGGCUCAUUCUGGAAUCUGUGCAGAGCGUGCCCAUCAAUGCCGGUAGACAAGCUCCACUCGGAGUAUCGGAGCACUUAUCGUUGGCAUGAAUUUACGGGAAACUCGCGGCCAGAGGUUGUGCGACGGGCGCCAGCCCCAAAUCCAAGUCAAUUUGUUGGACCAACAAAUGAGCCGCCAUUGCCGCGACGGAAAAAAUGUCCAGAAUUAGCAUAUAAAUCGCACGAGUUUAUUAUAGGAUCGGAAUAUACAGAUGCACGACGAGAUGCCAGUGCACAUCGUUUGGCGAGAUCGGAGGAGAGGGGCGCCACGCCUUCGCGACGCAGCAAAUCGGAGGGACCACCCGUCGUGCCCAAUGGACGUGCGUAUCCCAUUGCAACGGAGAUCGACGGAACCACAAGAAAACAGGCGGCUACUCUACAUGAGUUGGAGCCCUUGGUUAGCGAUACGGAUGAUAGAAAAACGCACGAGAAACAAGUGACCAUUGUGGAGCGCAAGACCACCUCGCGUCCCUUCUCGCAGGCCAUCGACCAGGAGCGCCUGAACCAUUUCAUCACGAAAAAGGAGAAUUUUGGCUUCGCUGAUGCUGCUGUAGCCGCCGCAGCUCUCAAGGAUGAGGUGGACAACCGGCAGCAGACCGGCGAAACCGGCCAGGUGGUGGUCAUGAACGGCUCCGCCCCGCCGCACUCUAAACCGAAUUUGGAUCUGUGGUUCAAGGAGAUGGUUGAGCUGCGCAAAAAGGCUGACGAGUACAAGUGCCGCGGCUGGGGCAUAGAAAUUGAUCCGGAACUGUAUAAGAAACAGAAGGAUCUGUGGGAUCAGGUUUCAAAGCGCAGCUCACUUUCAGCACUUUCCCUAGCUUCGUCUGUUCAUAGACCCAUUACAAAGGAGGAGAAGGAACAGGAAAACAAUAAGAAAUCCACGCCAUUGCAGAAGGCCCAGAAGCCACGUAUUCCUGGCCAGGCCUUUUUGAUUGAUAAUAAGGAUGAGAUUUCAGCACUGCCAGCACGCUUUAGCAAUAUACGUCAUCACCUUGAACGCACCACGGGUCCCGAUGUGGAGGAGGGCGCCUUAUUGCCCUCGCCCACGCGUGAGAAACUGAUGCCGGCCAUUACCAAACGGGAAUCGGAAUCUCAGCGAGGAAGCCCUAAGAAAACGGCCUUAUCCAGGCACGGAUCGCCCCAGAAGGGCAGUCCUCAGAAGGGUAGCCCCAAGAAGGUCCUCAAAAACCGGUCGCAAUCGGCGGGUCCGGGCGUUGCCGAGAAUGAGUCACCGAAGCGCCAGAUCCGGUCGGCGAGUCAGGCGCCCAGCAGCCGUAAAAAGACGCCGACAACCGGAAGCGGAAGCGGAGGCGAACGCAAGGCACGCCCAUCCACCCUAUCCACAACAUUCCAAUCCCGCAUUAAAAGUAGUUCCCUGCCACCGCCCAACGGUAGAGUAGCCUCAGCGCCGACAGCAACUGCAGCAGCAACCCGAGCGGCAACCGCAGCAACAGCAGCAGCAACAGCUAAAUCAGCAUUUAACGCUAAUCAGCCUCAUGCUAAUCAAUCACAAUCAUCACAGGCCAAGAUUGGCAGCGGCAAAAUGCAAAAAACAUCGGCAACAUCUGGCCAACAACAGCAGCAACAGCAACAGCAAAUGCGUAAGAAAGACAAAGAUAGAUCGAAUAGUAGUUGCAUUGGCAAUGGUAGUCAUGUUGGUGCUGGUAGCGGUAGUCAAGCAAAUAGUGUCAAGCAUCUGCAGAAUAAGCAAAAGCAACAACAACUACAACAGCAAAAGCUACAACAACAACAACAGCAACCGCAACAGCAACAACAACACGAUGUUGCAGCAGCAACAGCGGCAGCACCAUCGGCUCAAAUCCCAACCCGGCCUGCAACCAUCAACAUCAAACGGCUAACGGUACCAGGUCAGGAUAGAAAAUUGGCUGAAAACGAUGGCGAGGAUGGUCGUGAGACUGCAAUUUCCAUUUCCAGCUGCAGUCCCCAGCCUCCAGUGCCGGAAGUUCCGGAGGAGCCCCUGGUGAAGUCCCCACCAGAACCGACCCGGGUCAAGUCCCCGGAACAGAUCAUAAUGCGCUCUCCCGAUCCAGUCAACUGGACGGUGCCCCUAGACACUGGCAAAACCUUCACGGUCACGCAGAAUGUCAAAGAUGGGGAGAACUAUAGCCGACCUCAGAGCGAGAUAAAAGCGUCGACACCGGUGGAGAAGCCCCCACCGCCGCCUCAAUCGGCACCGCCACAACUAACCGAACAGGCUAAAAUGGACGCCUGGAAGUCCUGCAGUCCGACCACCAGUGCCGCGAUCUAUGGCAAAACUCUGACGCCCCAUGCCACGCCCACCGGCCAGCCGGGCGGAGCGGUGCGUUGCACAGCCGUCCAGGAUCAGACAUCCCAGCAGCCGGAUCCGGCCAUGUCGUCCUCAUCAUCAACGGGCACAGCCUCCACCGCCCGGACAACUGCCGCCGAGGUCCUGGAGAAGGCACGCGACCGUUUCGAUCGAUUCUGGGGCAGCAGCAGCGCCAGUAAGGAGGAGAGCGUCUAGAUCCUAGAUCUUUAAUCCUAGGUCAGAGGUACUCAGUGCUUUUCAAGUGCAAAAUGUAUUCCCCAGGGCAGUUAGUUGGCCCCCCAAAAAGCAAGCAAUUAUGAUACGUAAUAGACGUUAUGCAAUACCUAAUCAUAUACACCAUCUAUCCUAUCUAAGAACCUGAUUACACUGCGACACAGUUAUCUUUUCAAAUACUUCCCAUAUUUAUAUUAUGUUGCUAUUGAAGCUGAAUAAAUAUACUUUACAUUUAAUGACAAUACGUAAAAAAAUGAAACAAUGGAUUAGAAUUAUAAUACUUUAAAAUUAUAAUUUAAAUACUCCUAUCAUGUAAUUUUUAGAUUUCAGACAUUUCUCUUUUUGUGUUAUAAACAACCCAAAUAUCAAAUGUAUUUUGUUCAAAAAUAUAUUUAAAAUUAUUUAGGAUGAAAUGUAUUUUGUUAAACAUUUUAAAUUGUUCUAAAAAAUUGAUGGAAAACUAUGUUGCAAUGAAAUCAGGAUAUAAGGAAAGUCCUAUUCGACUUGGCUUGAAUCUAAACCUAAAUUCGCUUUUGGUUUUCCUAUUUAAACUGCUGCAAGCAAAUCUAAUCAGGCCAAAUGUCAUCUAACGACACGAGCAUUACACGAGAAAUUAAUUUAUGUAAGACACUUUCACUGCCUCUACCCGAACCGAAAACAAAAUCAAACCAAUGUUGUAUACUUUGAAAAUAACCCAGAGGACUUGCAAUAUUUCGAAAUCAUUCAAUCAUAAAGAAAAGAAAAACAAAUACUUAAAUGGGACAAACAUCACCGCAAAGACCCGUCCAAAAAGUGAGGCCAUUCGAAAAGAGAUAUACUCACAUUUUUGUAACUUUCAUUAGUUGAGCAACCAAGCCGUAUAUUUUGGGUAAUGCAUAAGGUGAUCUUAGCUAAACCGCUGAUCCGUCAAAUACCAAAAGUUGAUAAUAGAUUUUGCACAUGAAUUACAAAAGGGAAUAUACCAAAUACGACAACAUGAUGUUAAGAAUAAUUUAAGAUACAUUUUGGCUAAUAAAAACUUAAGGCAAAUGAUGGUUAAAACAAAGCAACAUUAAACAGUAAACAGAAAACAAAAAACACAAGCAAAACAUAUUAAAACUACACACAAGAAAACUGAAAAAUGAGAUUAUGCUUUGAAAAGCUGUGAAACUAGUUUCAGACAUGCCUACAUUUCUUAUAUAAACUACUACGUGUAUGUGAAAAUAGUCGAGAAACAAAAAUGGAAACCAAAUGAUCAAACAAAAUGGAUAUACCUUAUCGAUUAAAUCAUGUUUUGAGUAAAGUUAGCGCUAAACUGAUAAAGACAAAUGCUUCCCGAAGGGCAAUAGCUUUGAGAAAGUUGAAGUGAGUUUUGAAAAGCAUUUUGUUGCAUUUUGUUCUUCAUACCUCUCAGUGUAGACAGUGUUUCAGUACAAACUAAGUACCAGUUUAAGCUCAGUUUGGCAGCAUCAUUUCUUUCGCGUAGGUCAAAUGCUUGAAUGUUAAAACCUCUCUAAGAAACUACAGAAAAACAAACACAAAAUCGUGUAAGCUGAAGUUAAAAUUUCAUUACCCAUAUGUUGUGUGAUUAACUUCAGUAUUGAGCUUAAUUGUUGCUUGCCUCUAUAUAUUUUAAUAUAAAACAAAAAUAAACAUAACAAAAAAAUGAAGGAAAAUAACGCCACUUCAAUGGUAUUUAUUAAACAGUUGAGUAUUUUUUAUAUGUUUUUCAUGAAUGGACCCGUUUGUUAGUUGAAUUCGAUGAGUUGAUCACUGAAUCUUAUAAAUAGUUACCAAUUAUAAUGCAUAUUAACAAGUGCCCCCGAGAACACAAAUUGUUUAUUAUGUACGCUCAGUCUUAGAAUUGUCACCGAUUCGACCCAGUCAAAUGCAUUAGUUAGAAAUAAAAAAUAAGCGAAAACUAACUAAACUCUGGCAAUCUCUAAACUCUAAAACCUAAAAACUUAACGAAACAAACAGGAAAUGCACACACUCACAUACACAUUACAGAACUAUAUUUCCAGUUACAGUUUGACAAAAGGAAAACAGAAAAUGAUAACACAACCGAAUGGUAGACUCUUGAACUCAUUUAGUUUUAAAUAUCGUACUUAACAAAUUUUAGGCAACUUUAAUAUGAAUCUACUUAAGAACGAACUUGAUAUAUAUUCUAGCUUGUUUACAAAAGGAUAUGAAAUGAUUAAUAAGACAGAAAAAAAAUGAAAACCUAAACCAAUUAUACCCCAAACUGAUUCCAAAAUAGGCGCACUCAAAGGCUUUUUCUUCAAAACAAACAAAAAAAAAGAAUGAAAAGAAAGAAUCGAUUUUUAUAAACACUUAUAUGAAAGUCAAAAAAUAAAUAUUUUCCAUUUUCGGUUCACUCACAAAGGCAAAAUAUUAUAAAAAAGGACACCAAUCAAUUAAAAAAUUUUAAAAGUUGACUUUCACGCCCAAAUGCGCCUAAAAUUUUAAUGAAUUAAAGAAGCCUCAUAUGAAAUGCAAUAAAAUCAAUAACGAUACAACCCGAUUGAUAAUUUUUUCUGAAUUGUCAUAAAAAGGCACACCAAAUAGCCUUCAUAGAAAUGCUAAAUAACACGAUAUAAUAUAAUUAUAAAAGUUCUUUGGAAAAAAGUGGCCGAAUCAUAUGGAAGAGAACUAAUUGAAAUAAUGAAAUAGAAACCAAAAAACAAGUGAUGGUAAAAUGAUUAUAACAUUGUAUGAAUCGAAUAAAUGAAAAAUGCAUAUAAA